UACCGUAAUUGUUGUAGAACAAGCUAAUUUGUAUAAUGAAUUAAACUGUGCAUUAAAUGUUAACAAUAACAUAAAUUUAAAUUUAAAAAAAUAUAUUAUUUAUUUUUUAUAAAAUUUUGUUUACUAACAAUUUUAAAAAUUAUUUACAACAACUUACUAAAUUUUGAAUACGAGUAAUUGUACUUCUGUUUAUUAGUAACAUAACAAAAAUAGAAUAAUAACUUUUCAUAAUUAAUUUAAGCUUUGAAAAAAAAUAAAGAUGACUGCGGAAUACGUUAAAAGUAAUACUAUCAAACAUGAAUGUACGAUAAAUUCUGGCUUGGACUAUCUUAACGCUACUUCAUAUUUUAUGGAAGCUCUUGAUUAUUGUCUAAUUACAAUAAAAGUUGAACACCCUGCUGGAGAUAAACAUAUUUCAAUAGAUGUGAGAAAGGAUUAUGUUACCAAGCCGGGAACAGUAAUUUUUCAAGUAUUUGUUAACAGUGUGAGACAAUAUUCAAAAAUUGUUCAUGACUGGAGUGAACAUCAUAAGCUGGAUGUUCUUAAAGACAAUAAAUUUAUUGGAUCAAUGAAAGUUGUUUGUAAAAUUAUUUGGUUAGGUUUUACUGAUAAAUCUUUACCAUCAUCGGUGAUUAAUAGGAAUAGUAAUUGCUCAAAUUUUUAUGUGACAGCUGUAUUGAGUGAUGUCAUAUUGAUUGUUGGUGGUGGAGAAAUUCCAGCUCAUAAAAUUACUCUUGCUGCUCAGAGCUCUGUUUUUUUAAGAAUGUUUAAAUCAAAUAAAGAAAUGAAUCGUAUUUCUAUUGAAAAUGUAGAUUCUGAUGUUAUGCAAGAAGUGUUAAAAUUUUUAUAUACGGGUGAAACAUUAGCUGAAAAUAAUUGCGAACUUGCGUUAAGAAUGUUAAAUGUUGCUGAAAAAUUUAAAAUAACUAAAUUACAUAAUUUUUGUGGGCCAACUAUUUUUCGUUUUGUUACUACAGACAACGCUAUACGUAUUAUUUGUGAGGCUGAAAAAAAUAAUGCUCAUAGAUUACGUAAAAUGACAUUAAAAUUUAUUAUAGAAAAUAUAAAAAGUAUUGAAAUUCAAGAUGAAUAUAAAAAAUUAACAUUAAUAAAAAGUGAAUUGUUGUAUGAAAUUGUUGAUGGUUUGAGAGAGUCACGCGCUAAGAAAACUAAAAGAAUUAAAAUUUGUUUUGCUUAAAUUAUUAUUUAAAUUUAUAUAUUUAAUUGUAUAUAUCUAAACGUAAUAUAGCUAAUAUUUUUAUAACUAAAAUAAUUAUAAUAAUUAGUUUAAGAAAUAAAAUUUUUGAUAAUUAACUGCCCAGUCCCCGAUCUCCAUAAAAAAUAAUUUUUAAUUAAAAAAUGUGAAGAAGUAAUUAUCUGUCUUAAAACAAUUUUGGUAAUGAAAUUUAUAAGGAGACUAGCAAUCGGGCACUUUUUCUUAAAAAUGUUAUUUAAAUUCAUAAUUAUACAUAAAAAGGAAUUAGAACUUAUGGCUCUCAUAUUUUUAAAUAUUGUUCAUAAAAAAUAUGUACUUCAUACUAUUAAAUUUUCUUUAUACACUUUGAGCUUAUGUAGUAAAUUCUUCGUUUGUUGAAUUUAUAAACUAAAAAAUAUAGAU